AUGUCUUUCGUCUCUCAGAUUUCUAGGUCUACCAUCCCCGUCCUUAUCUCCGGUGCAGGCCCUUCAGGUCUUACCGCUGCCCUCAUACUCCUUCGUAGUGGCGUUAACGUGCGCGUUAUCGACAAGUUGCCGGCAUUCAAUCCGGGGUGUCGCGGACCAGGGCUACAACCCCGCACACUUGAACUCUUCCACCAGGCCGGCCUACAUGAGAUCGUGGAGUCUGCACAGCGAUUGAUUCCCAUCCGCAUGUACAAGCCAGGCACUAUGGAGCCGGCCAGAGACGUCAUGAUGAGCCAGCCGCAUGCUCCAACUGCUCACUUUCCCUAUGGAGAAACGCUCAUACUUGGACAGAACCGGACGGAGCACCUUUUACGCGAACAGCUCGCUAAGCACGACGUGCAUGUCGAGCUGAGCACCGAGCUCCUUUCAUUCGAGCAAGACGAGGAGGGUGUUGUUGUACAGGUUGCGAAGAAGCAAGGAGGUCAUGAUAUCCCCGAGACCAUUCACGCUCAGUUUCUUUUAGGCGCCGACGGGGCGCGAAGUGUCGUGCGCAAGGGGCUCGGAUGCUCCUUCCUGGGCGAGACACGGCAGGAUACGCGACUCAUGAUUGGCGAUGUCCGUCUCGCAGGCGAGGGCCUUGAUCGUGAACAUUGGCAUAGCUUCGGUGACAUGAAGUCCAAGGCCGUUCUCCUUAACCCGAUCCACACUAUCGGCUCUGGGGAAGAUGGUUUUCAACUUAUGGCUGGGGGUAUAGACGUGGAUAUAGGCGCGACGAUCGCUGCUGGGCAGGAGGCGAUAUAUGACCUUAUACAAGAACUCCUCCCGGUCAAAGUAGACUUUAGGGAGCUAAUCUGGGUCAACGAGUUCAGGCCCAACAUCCGUAUGACGGAUAAGUUUAGCGAUGGGAGGGUGUUUAUCGCAGGCGAUGCUGCGCACUGCCACAGUCCCACUGGCGCACAAGGGCUUAACUCCAGUGUCCAGGACGCUUUCAACCUCGCAUGGAAGAUGGCCUUGGUCGUCAAAGGUCUCUCACCCCGAUCCCUCCUCGAUACAUACACCCCUGAACGUCUCCCUGUCAUCGCCGAGAUGCUCAAUCUCACCACCUCCAUCCUCAACCGCGCGGCAACCCAGGGCGCCGAUCGCUCAUGGGAGCGUCCCGAUCGCCUGCGCAUGCUCGGCGUAAAUUAUCGCUCGUCGCCUAUCGUUCUCGACGAAGUCUCCGCAGGUCUCGACCCCGUCCCAGCGUACGGAGACGCCAACAACCUGGAGGGCGGCGCACCGCUCGUAGCCGGUGACCGCGCACCCGAUGCGCCGGGUCUGUUGGACGCAGAAAGGAACAAACACAGGAUGUUCGACAUCUUCGAGCCAACUAGGCACACAGUGCUCAUCUUCGCCCCGACGCCCGAGAACGCUCGGCCCAUGCUCGAAGCGCUCGAUCGUCAGGGCAGCGGGAGGGACAAGUGGACUGAGGUGGUAAGCUCCGUCGUCGUUCUUCCUGCUGGUGCAACGGUCUCCGAUGGACGAUUGGAGGGUGUUCUCUUGCUAGAGGACGCGGAGGGCUUUGCGUACGCUGGAUUCAGCCCUGGCGAAGGCGAGACUCACACCGUUGUCGUGCGUCCGGAUGGUUACAUCGGUGCUGUUGGGCGCAGUAUUGAAGGGAUAAAGAGGUAUCUGGAGCAAAUAUUCGCUUAAGCAGGCUUUCUAUUGGGAAGAGUUGGUGUAUAUAGAUGUAUCCAUCUAGAGCAUGUAUAAUUAUCGGUGAUGUAGUCACAAUUUCCCCUCUUAAUCACUUCCUCGGAGAGCAGAGAUU